UCUUCCGCAGCUCCGCCACCAUCCCCGCCUUCCUCUCUCCCUCCUCCUGUCCACUCUUUCGCGAGAUACGUACGAGCCUAGAACAGCCAUGAAGUUCUUCGGUUCCUCCACGUCCAAGAAGGAGAACAAGGGGAAGAAGAGAUCCAAAAGGAGCGGCAACGGCGGCUCCUUCGCCUCCACCGCGUCGUCGUCGGCAUCAGAUGACCAGUCUGUCACAACGCCGAGAUCUGUCCUGCCGUCGUCUUCGGGGCCGGCGGCACCAUCCGGCUCCGGGACGACCAAGAAACCGGCCCUGGUCGCCGUGACGCGGCUGGAGCUGGAGGUGGCGCUGCGUACGGUCGUGUCGACAGAGGAGGAGCUGGCCGCGAUGCUCGCCGAGGCGGAGGCCGGCCUCGCGCUUGAUGGGAUCGUGGCCGCGGAGGCCGCGGACGAGGGCGAGCUGAGGGACACAUUUGCGGUGUUUGACGCUGACGGGGACGGGAGGAUCUCCGCCGAGGAGCUCCGUGCCGUGUUGGCCUCCCUCGGCGACGAGCGGUGUUCCGUCGAGGACUGCGGCCGCAUGAUCGGCGGCGUCGACACCGACGGCGACGGCUUCGUCUGCUUCAACGAGUUUACCCGCACGAUGAUGCUUGCGCCGUGAAUUGUUGAUGAUACGUCCCUAUCUAAAUUAUACUAGCAGCCUAGCUACCGUUGUUCGUUCAUUAUUAGUGAGUAAAUUAGGUUUUGUUCUUGAUUUUCGAUGUGGUUGUGCACUCAUGGUGAUGAAAUCACUCGACCGGCCAACUAAUCACGACGAAGAGGCCAAAAAGAAUAUUAAGGUAUGUUUGAUUU